UUGAGAAGAGAAGGAUCGUCCCAGCGUUGAAGCCGUGAGGGGAGUACGUGUAUAAGUGCCAACACUCCCUUUCACAGGUUUGUCUUCGCUCAUCAUUUCGACAUGCAGUUUCGCCAACUUGUCUUGAUUUUCAAGCUGACCGUGCUGCAGCAAUCUUUUUCAGCUCUAAGCCAGGCCCCGGCUUCCGUGAAGAUCGAUAUAAGACCACCCGAGGGGAUGGCCAGACUAGAGGGGCGCUUUUUGCUUUUACAACGACCCACUGUGCUUCCCGAGUCCCGACUGUUGUGCUUGAAUCGACGAAGAAUUUGGAGACUGCAAGCCAUUUCAGUCACAGUCUUCCGCAUGACACCGCGGAAACAUCAGUCAGAUACAUCAGACUUCCUCGACACACUUAAAACCUCCAUCGGGACGGUUUGCCUAAUAGUUUGCCCGCCGUAUAAGUUGAUGACUUGCUACGAUCGUCGGCUUACUUGCGCGAGCUGAGUCAACUUCAGAUGAGGGAGGGGCAGUUCCUGGAAUAAGAAAGUUGAGUCUCUCGGCAAAACAGUCUCCCAUGAGUCUCUUCGCUCUGAAGUGGUGCGAA